AUCAAUCUGGUUGUGUUUGGCUUCUGGCAGGUCCGGUCGUUGAAACCGUUUAUGAAUCGCUGGUUCUUACACCAUCCUGGAUCUCCACGGUCCAUCACACUCUUGACCAGCUGCUUCUCUCACCAGGAAGUUAUGCACCUGGGUAUGAAUAUGCUCGGUCUGUGGUCCUUUGGUGGCAUCCUGCAUGAUUAUCUCGGAAGAGAGCAGUUCUUGGCAUUGUACUUGACAAUGGGUGUAGGAGCCAAUGUGGCCAGUCACAUCUUUAGCCUGGCAUUUAGAAACUCUCGUCCACUGAUGCCGAGUUUGGGUGCAAGUGGUGCAAUUUAUGGCCUGCUGGCUGGUACAGCGUUUUUGUAUCCUCACUCUAGUGUCUCGCUUAUCUUCUUGCCAUUUGUUCCGAUCAAGCUGGGAUACGCACUUCCUGCCCUCAUGUCAUUUGAUCUUGCAGGAAUUUUGUUCAAGUGGCGUAUGUUUGACCAUUAUGCACAUCUUGCUGGAGCUGGUCUUGGUCUUGGUUAUACAUGCUGGGGA